AUGUUGCAUAAUCGCCUACAAAGUUGGGCGUAUUUCUUGUCCGGUUAUUGUUACAAAAUUGAAGUAGUAAAAUCACGGGCAAAUGGAAAUUGCGACGCAUUAUCUAGAUUACCGAUUGACGAUAGCACAUUAAUUUUUGAAACCGAAUAUACACACAUUAAUUUCAUAGAAGAAGAGUGUCCUAUGUUAGAUUUUCAAGCUGUAAAACAAGCACUCAGUCACGAUAAACUUUUGAGGAAAAUAGUCACAUAUAUUCAAACAGAGUGGCCUGAAGUCUCGAAACUAACCGAAAUAGAGAAAAGCUAUUACAACAAGCGUCAUGAAUUGAAUUAUGAAAACGGUUGCCUAUCUCGUGGACACAGAAUCGUAAUUCCAGAAAUUUUGCAAAAUCAAAUUUUAAAAUCGAUUUAUUCCUCUCACUUAGGAAUAGUUAAAAUGAAACAUAUUGCACGUAAUUAUUUCUGGUGGCCUCAUAUUGAUGUUGACAUAGAAAAUUUAGCUAACUCUUGUUCUAAUUGUCUUGAAGCAAGACCUUAUCCUACCAAAACACCAUUAACCCCCUGGUUAUGGCCUAGUCAUCCAUGGUCGCGAAUACACAUGGACUUUGCUAAAUUUUAUGAUUGUAUGUUUUUAAUUAUAGUCGACGCUCAUUCCAAAUGGCCUAUUGUAAUUAACAUGAAAAACGAUACUACUGCGAGAAAUCUGAUUAAAGAGUUAGAUACGAUUUUUGCUGAUAAGGGCUAUCCAAGUCACAUAGUUAGCGACAAUGGAACGCAAUUUACGAGUGAUGAAUUUGCAGCUUAUCUGAAACAAUUUCGCAUUAAACAUACCUUUUCCGCACCAUUUUACCCAGCCACCAACGGCGCAGCGGAGAAUUUCGUAAAAACUUUCAAAGAUAAGGUAAAGAAAAUAAUGAAAGAUGGUCAUUCACUAGACUUCUCCGUGAACAGAUUCCUAGCAGACUACCGUAACACACCACACUGUUCUACAAAUGUACCACCAGCGCAAUUAAUGUACAAGCGACAACUAAAAACUAGAUUUGAUCUGAUUAACUGCGACACACGUCGAACAGUAGAAGACAAUCAAUUUAUUCAACAACGCUCUACACAUGGUAAGAGGCGUAUAGAACUCCAAAAAGGUGAUAUUGUAUAUGCUAAAGACUAUCGUAAAGAUACUCCUAAUAACGCGCGAGCGAUUAUAGUUAAACAAUUGUCACCGAUUAUGUACACGUUACAGUUCGCAGACGGUUUCACAACUAAACGCCAUGCAAAUCAAAUUGUAAGUUCAGCGUUAAAGCCAGUUCCAAAAAGAGGGGACUCGGAAGCGCCUAUCGUAGAUUCUCUUCGCGAUAUCAACACAUGCAACGGGCGAAACAAAUCUGCGAAGUGUAACAGCCAAAAGUGUCAAAGUGCAACUACAAGUGUUGGCAAGGAUUUAAGUGAAAAAGUGAAGCGAAAAAAAGAUACCAGUAAUGUGCUUGUUACUCCGAGACGAUCGCCUAGAUUAGCGAAUAAAUCGCCCCAUACUCAAUCUAAAAAGAGGGGAGUUGUAAUGUAUGCGAA